AUGGAUCCUGUAGAGAAGAUUGGUAUAAUUAAUAGUUGGGUGAAGAAGCAUCUUGUACUAUAUACAGGAGCUACCAGACACUCUUUCAUCCUCAGCAUAAGUGAUGGAACCAUCGACUUCUCCUCUUUUAAGAGAUGGUUGGGACAAGAUUAUAUAUUUGUUAGAGAGUUUGUUCCUUUUGCUGCAAGUGUCUUACUUAAGGCUUCCAAGAAUUCAGAUGAUAGCAGUGAUAUGGAAGUCGUAUUGAGUGCGCUAGCUUCUCUAAGCGAUGAGAUUUCUUGGUUCAAGAAAGAGGCAGCCAAGUGGGAUGUUCCUCUCUCUAAUGUUAUUGUCCACAAGUCAAACCAGAAUUAUUGCAGAUUUCUGGAGAGUUUGACGUUACCAGAAGCUGAGUAUCCUGUGGUCAUUACAGCCCUUUGGGCCAUUGAAACUGUAUACCAAGAGAGCUUUUCCCACUGCCUGGAAGACGGCAACAAAACCCCACCAGAGUUACAGGAGGCUUGCAAAAGAUGGGGUAGUGAAGGUUUUGGUGAAUAUUGUCACUCCCUCCAAAAAAUUGCCAAUCGAUGCCUAGAGAAAGCUUCAGACGAAGAGCUGAAGAAAGCUGAAGUAACAUUUCUGCGUGUCCUUGAGCUUGAAAUUGAAUUUUGGAAUAUGAGCCAUGGGGGACCUAAGUGA